CCCGUCCUAUCAAUGUGCGGGCCCGCGAACAACGUCAGCCGGACCGAUUCUCUGCGUCUGCCAGUCCCGCCACAGAUUCAUCUGGGAUCUUCAAACAGACAAGCCCUUAGAGACGAGGGAUCAAGGCAGCCGAUUAGAGCCAAUUGCUUGCUUUGGGGACGGCCAGUCCUUCCAGGCCUGGCGACAGUGGAGGGAGGGGAAAGACGAACCGAGUGCCGCUGCGGGAAGACACUGAAGCAAGAGCGACACCCCUUUCCGCCCCCCACCUUGCAGCGCAGGCUUUGAAAGCUGCUCCCCCACCUGAAUGGAAACUCGGAACCGCCGGGCGGCGCGUUCUUUCUCGCCCAGCCUUGCAAUCCAUGCCGAGAGGAAGGCAGUGCGAGCCCGCGCCAGCGCCCAGCUCCCGGGACAGUGUUGGCAAUGCUGCUGAGCAGAACUUGAUCGCGCCCCUUCCUCGCUGCUAGUGGAAGCGAUGCUGCACGGCACAGCUAGCGCUUCCCCGGCUCUCCUUCAAGCUGAAGGUUACCGACCCGCGCAGCCAGCCCCAGCACUGUGAGCUGCGCGCCUCAGGUCCGGGCUCCAGCUGCUUGGCGGCGGCGCCCAGGGCAACAACCGGGCCGCCCGAGCCGGGGCGCACUGCAUCAGCGGCUUCGGCUUGGUGGAUGUGUAUGCAUGAGUUCUGCACCGAAUGGGCGCAAAAAGCGCCCCAGCCGGUCCACCCGCUCCUCGAUCUUCCAGAUCAGCAAGCCCCCGCUGCAGAGCGGAGAUUGGGAGCGCAGGGGCAGCGGCUCCGAGAGCGCCCACAAAACCCAACGAGCCCUGGACGACUGCAAGAUGCUUGUCCAAGAGUUCAACACACAAGUGGCCCUGUACCGAGAGCUGGUCAUUUCUAUUGGGGAUGUCUCGGUCAGCUGCCCCUCACUCCGGGCGGAAAUGCACAAGACAAGAACCAAAGGCUGUGAAAUGGCCCGUCAGGCACACCAAAAAUUGGCUGCCAUCUCAGGCCCGGAAGAUGGUGAGAUCCAUCCAGAAAUCUGUCGGCUUUACAUCCAGCUGCAGUGCUGCUUAGAAAUGUAUACCACGGAGAUGCUAAAAUCCAUAUGUCUGCUGGGGUCUCUUCAGUUUCAUCGAAAAGGAAAGGAACCUGGCGGGGGAACCAAGAGUUUGGAUUGCAAAAUUGAGGAGAGUGCUGAAACACCUGCCCUAGAAGACUCCUCAUCAUCCCCCGUAGAUAGUCAGCAACAUUCCUGGCAGGUUUCCACAGACAUUGAGAACACUGAAAGAGACAUGAGAGAAAUGAAAAACCUUUUAAGCAAACUCAGGGAAACGAUGCCUUUACCAUUGAAAAAUCAAGAUGACAGCAGCCUUCUGAAUCUAACUCCCUAUCCCCUGGUGAGAAGACGGAAGAGAAGGUUCUUUGGGCUGUGUUGUCUCGUCUCAAGCUAGGUGGCUCCUCCUGGAAACCCACUGAGAACAUCUGAAAAAAAAUCACAAAACCCGAGGACCUCCAGACAGCUGAACCACACAGUUAUUGGUUUUUGACUAUGUUUUCUAUGCUUCCUUAUUACUUUUAUCUGCCUCCCCCUGCCCUUUUAAAUGAUUUUACACUUGAAAGCAGCUGCCGUCAAGAAAAAAAAGAACAGAUUCAAAAAGCAGGCUGUUUUUAAAAGGAAAUUUUAAAGCUGACAUUGUGCAUGUCUGCUCCAAACCACGCCAUGACAGAUGCAAGAAUUAUGAUUUUUAAAUUAUUUAAAGGUUUUUUUAAAUGUAUUAUACAGAGGAAAAAUAUUUCACAUAUAAUAGUAUAUCUAUAGCUCUUGCUGAUCUCAUGUUAAAAUUUAUCGUAUAUGAAAGAAGUCUUUAAACAUAGAAAUCUAUUUAAAACUGAAAAACUGUGUUCAAAAAUCCAAUCUAUCAAUAUCAUUAGAAAUAAUAUUAUAAGCAAACAUAUACCACCUCACCUAUUGCUUUCUCUGCACUCAUUUACAUUUAGUCUUCCAUUCUGUCAGAAUCUAAGAGCUUCAACAUAAAGUUAUCUUAAUUUAUAAUGCAACAAAAACCACAUAUGAAAAGUACUAAAAUUUUGUAAAUACGCGAUAAUCCUAAUACCUUCAUACAAAUGCAUAUGGGCAACUAAUUUCUUUUUGAUCCAAUGAUGUCUUUUUCAGCUUCUUGGAGAAUGAAGUAAUCCAGUUAGGAAAUGGUGUAGUAACAUAUACAAUUACCCUCAAAUGUAAAAUCAAAUAUUAUUACAUUUUGUUCUAAUUGAAAUCUGAAGCAUGGUGUCUGCACAUCAGCAUAGUGUUAAAUCUUAUAGGGCAUGCUGGAAUUAGCUCAGAUCAUAAAAAUAUUUAACAUUUUGCAUUGUUAAUAAAGUUUUUUAGUUAAGCUAAGCUUGUCUCAUUUUAGAUGACUAUGCAGAUAAGACUUUUCCAAUGUGUACUUGGUGUCUUGUCUUAUGCUUAGACUCUUGAAAGCAGGACACAUUAAGCAAUACUAUAUUUUAGAAAGGAAGAAGCCACAUGCUUUGUUUUUCUGCUCACAGCUUUGUUGUGAUCUUCCUAAACUUCACUAAACUUGUAACAUGGUACAAAUUUUGUUAUACCGUCUCCUGUUCUUCCUUUGGCCCAUUUCCCAGACAGAAUUUCCCAUGGGUUGAGAGAUCGAGUCUUCGCACUUUUUUCUUGUUUUCCAUAGUCUGAAAAACCUUCAAGUCAGACAGGAGGCACCAGUGUCUAUAGUACAAUAGAUGGAUGAGCUAGAUGCCAAUAAGUGGUUUAUCCAAGACACAUCUUUAGUCCCAACCCUGUUCUUUCCCAAUACUUAUGUGCACAGCCAUUUAUAUGUAUACCAAUAUUUUUACCUAAAAACUAAAUAUAUUAAGGCCUUUUGCUUUAGUGAAGAUGAACUACUGUAAUAAUUAUUGUAUUAGGUUGAAUUAUAUGAAAUUUCCUAUAUUUGACUGUUUUGACCUACAAAAUGGCAAUUUCAUAUAGUUCACCCUAAUAUCUGAUGUGGAAAUUAUACUUGGAAUUGUCUUCUAGCUCUUUUGAUUGAAAAUGAAAGAAUUAAAGGGUUGGAAGAAAACUUUAUACAGGUCUCUAUUUAGAUCAUACUGGCUGGUUUUUGGCCUUAUUCUUUGAAUCUAGAGCUGUGUUCCAAUGAACCAGUAAUUAAUGCAUGGUUAUAGGUAUACCUGGCUUCAAAAAAAAGAAGUAGCCAUGGAAAGCUAUAUGAGAAAAUCACAAUUUUCUGAAUCAAAUAUUUGUAAAACAAUUUGAUUAUUUAAAGACUCUUAGGGUGAAUAUUCCCUGGAAAAGCAAGCAAUCCAGACUUACCUGGCCUGCAAACCUUGAGUUAAGCUUAAUAUCUUCUCCUGAAUCUAAUUCAUUUUCACCCCCUAAGGUCAUUUCAUUUAAGAUCCAUUGUUUUUGAAAUUUUGAAGUAGCCCAGUUUGGCAACCCUCAGUACUUGCCUCUGCCCUCUCCUAUACUUCAGCUGUGUUGAACGCUAGCUUCAAUCUAGUUCCUACUAAUCCAUGCAAAGUUAUUAACUGAUAAGCCCAAUCUUGUUCAGCACGUUCUUCUAAAUGCCUGACCUAAAAAACUUCUGCUUGGUUAACUUGUGUUCAUUCUUGCCUUAGCCUCAGUGUGAAAGUAACACUUACCUUCUGUGCAAUUGUCCUUUGCACAACUGAAGACUGUUAAUAAAUUCAGGUCUCACCUUCAUGUCUGAAAAGGCUGUAGUAGCUAUUCAUGGAGAUGGGAAUUUGUCUAAUUACCUAGCCAGACUUUAUAUUUAAGGUAAUAUAUUCAGCUACCAUAUCUUUUAUUCAUAGUGCCUGUUUUCCAGCCUUUAAUCAGUUUUGUAGUUCCCGUGGAUAAACUCCAAGAUCUAAAGAUCCUCUUUCAGUAGCAUAUCCUAAAAUUAAGUUUAGUGCUCAAAAUCCUGGUAACCUACACUGGCCCAUGGUUACAGUAGGUAAUUCACCGUCUCACAUUAGACAGGCCAAUGCAUCCCUUAGGAGCUGCCCCGCUCUCCUCUCACCUACCAAAGGAUUUUCUCAGGUGUGGUUCCAAGCGAUAAAGUUCUACUGUCUCGGCUUCCUGCUGGUAAUUCGCUUUCAGAUUAGCAAUAACACUGAGCUGAUCUCUAGGGUCAAGAAGAGAACAUUGAACUCAUUUUGUUGCAUGUACCCACAGGCUUGAAACAGAAAAGAAUGUAAACUUUUGUGGCAUACAUUCACCCAUUUCCCCACCAUAACUUUAAUAUCCUGUGUUGAUUUUUUUUUCAGAUUACAAAGACAAUACAUGUUCUCUGUGGGAAAUCUGAAAAAUACUACCAAAUAGAAAAUAAAAAUCACCUGAAUUCCACCACGACUACAUUGUUUAAAACCACAUUUCUGGGUUUUAAAUCAGUCAGUGGCUGGGCCCAAAGGCACUUUUGGGUAAGAUAAGUGAAGAAAUGCCCACAAGGCCAAGGUGUCACUUAAAAAAAAA